AUGCCCUCAAGCCAUCAAUCAACCUCACCUCCAAGAAGAGUCAUGGUCUUAGAAACCUCAAGCAACUGGCGAGAAUCUUCUCCAGGUAUCUACACAAGGCCUCUCGAUGAACCAGACUUAUACUAUACUACAAAUGCCAAAAUCUGGGAGAGAACAGGUCAGACAGCAAGCGCAAUCACUGUACAUGUUGGGAUCUCUCUACCAUUGUCUCCAGAAGAUGACAGACGUGCAGUUGACCUUCGGGUUGAAAGGUCAUUGAGGUAUGCUUGGAAACAGAUCAGGUACCACUGUCCUGUUCUGGCAUCAAGUGUUGAGCUGGACCCGAAGACCAAUUCAUGGCAUCGUACAUACCGGGUGGCGAAUGAGAAGAAGAUCAUCGAUAAAUGGCUCGAAGAAACCUUCACGUUCUGUCAUGGCACGCAGACCGCGAAGGAGUUUUUAGACUCCGAUCCUCCAGUUCCGUUUUCUGCGCUAUUCGUGUUUCCAAAUCUCCAUAACGAACAGUCUCAAUUGUCAACCAUUGAAUACAACAUCAUUCUUCGGUGCCGACACGAUGUGAUGGAUGGCAUGGCAGCAUAUGCUUUCAUGGAUAAACUACUUGGCUUCACUGCAGAGGCGUUCAUGGCCAAGGAUAAUAUACCCGAUGUGAUAUACGGGAAUGAGCACAGAAAUCUGGCUCCGCCAUUUCGGACUAUGCUGGGUGUUUCGUCAACCAAGGUCUUCACAGAUCAGGAUCUCAAGGUGGUCCGAGAUAAGAGGAACAAAAAUCGUGAAAACGCUCUCUCAGUUCCAUCGAAGAACGCAGAUUCAAUACCAGGCAAAACGCGCUCCUCGACUCUCAAAUUCACUUUCGAUGAGUCUCAGCGGGUCAUGGCAGCUUGCAAAGCCAGGAAAACGACUGUAACACAAGUCAUCCAUGCAGCCAUCGCACUUGCCGUUCGAGAUCUACAAGCCCGUGGGGAGCAUGAAAGACAAGCCAAGUACGUGAGCUACGUGAUCAUGAGUCUCCGAAAAUAUUGCCGGGAGCCGUAUAACGGUCCCGAAUUCUCCAUGAUGACAUGCCACGCCAACUCUACUUCCCUGAUGGUCGUCGAUGUUAUCAUCCCCUCAUCAGCAAGUACAAUCGCCAGAACGUGUCCAAAAGAGUUCAGCACAGUCCUGAAGUUCUACCAGGAGGAAGCUAUCCCGAAGGAUCUGCUGGAAGCCGCACUCUGUUUCGCUGCUCGCACCCCAAUUUGUCCCUCUGUAUCUUCUCCUCUACCAGCUCCAACCCAGAGUGCCAGUGUUUCGCUAUCUAGCAGAGGCAUCACGGACUAUCACGUGAAGCAUAGAUACGGACCAUUCGAGGUACUGGAUCCUUGGUGCAUGGGGACGGAACUGUCGAUUGCGCUGGGAUUGGCUGUGAAUACUUGGAAAGGGGAGAUGUGCCUUUGUGCUGGGUAUAAUAUGGUGUUUCAUGAGCAUAAAGAUGUGCAGCUGUUUCUGGAGAGCGUGAAGAGAACCGUCAUGGAGGGACUGGAUAUCGUUUAG